AUGGCCGAAAAUAAAAUAUGGAAAGAGCAAAACCUAACCUGUAAGCCGUUAGAUAAUUUAGAAGAAAUCUCAUCAUUUUUGCAAGAUCCACCGAGUUGGAGGUCUUUGUGUAUUGAAAUUAAACGGCAUAGUGAAAAAGUGGUGAAAAAUACAGAUAUUAAUAAAUUUUUUGGUGAAAAUUUACUCGAAACACCGCAAACAUUUUGUCACUAUGAUCCGGAAGCGGAUGAAGAGGUUGAACGUCACGGGAGAGAGAAGUUGCCAAAAACAUUAGUUUGCCAUGAUAUGGCUAAUGGAUAUCAUGAUGAUUGUGUAAUAGACGGCACGGGCAACUAUAGCGCGUACACGUUCUAUAACUGGAGCGCUGUCGACAUAUUCUGUUACUUCAGCCAUCACUUCAUCACGAUACCUCCUCUGGGUUGGAUCAAUGUAGGGCACGCACAUGGGGUCAAAGUUAUUGGUACUGUAAUAACGGAAUGGGGGGAGGGGGUGGCGUUGUGGGAUAAGAUCCUGCAGUCGGAGGCUGAAUGGAGGCACUUCGCUAGCGCGCUCGUUGCCAUCGCCAAGACUCUGCGCUUCGAUGGCUGGCUUCUUAAUGUUGAGAAUAAGGCAAGUGGGAGUGGGCGUAUUACUACGAAA